GAGCCUCUCGCAGUUUAUCACUGGUACCCCUCACUGCAGCACGUUGAGUCCGGUGUCUUUGCAACCGGAUUGAUGCGUCUGCUGGCUUUUUGAUGAUCAGGACAGCAGGGCUUCAACGCAUUGGAAUACUGGCCUAUAGAAGAACAGCAUCUUGACUGAGGUUAAAAGGAUUUACCCUCUGAUCCCAUAAGUUAUUCUGAAGAAUCCAGCCCAGAGAUGUCUAGGCGAAAGGUGAGGGGACUGACCCGUACAGGUCGACAGGUCAGCGAGGACCCAGAUCUGGACAACCUGCUGUCCACUCUCUCCCCUGAGGAAAUGGAGGAGCUGGAUAAAGACCUGAUGAGUGUUCCAGACAUUGGACCAGAAGAUGGGAAGAUCAUCGUCACCCAAGGGGAGAGCCGUCCUUCUCAGCCACCUCUGAGCAACGAUGUCCAGGACACGGCUAGACCAAGCAACACCAGAGGGAGACUCAGUCAGAGGGAGCAGUCAUUAGAGGGGGAACCAAAGAAAGAGAGCCGGAAGCAGGAAUACCUGAGGAAGAUGGGCUUCAGCCAGGAAGGGGAGGAUGAUAUGAAAGGAGUACAAAGACAAUCUAGUGUCACAACUAAAGAGGUUGCCCAGGUGGAGGACAGAAACAGCAAUGGGUCUGAGGGUUUGAGGGAAGAGCGAAGCUGGCGUUCAAGUAGACACAACAGGAAGGCAGAGAGUGAUACAAAGGAGGAGAAUGAGGAAGAGAAAUAUGAAGAUUACAGGCCAAGAGACAGGAGGGAAAACAGAGAGAGUACUGGGAGCAAAACAAAGGAGAUGAUCUCCAAAUUACAGGAAAAAAAGGAAAAUGGCAAAGAAAAGGAACGGAGAGAAGAAUGCAGGAAAAGAGAUGACAGCAAAACCAAAGACAUCAUUUCAAGGCUCCGUGAAAAAAGUGAGAAGGAUGUGGGAAAAGAAAGGGAACGAAAAUCCGAGAACAUCAGGACACAAGGGCUUGUCUCCAAAUUGGUUGAGAAGCAGACCAAAGCACCCGACAGCCAACCCACAGAGAGUAAAAAAACAGAGGAUAAAACCAAAACAGAGGAUAAAACCAAAACAGAGGAUAAAACCAAAACAGAGGAUAAAACCAAGCCCGAAUCCAACAAGCCCACCGAGAAAUCAGAUGAGCAGAUGAAACAUGAAAAGACAAAUAACAGAACAGAUAGAGAGGAGCUGGUCAACCACAGCGACCAUGUAAAAGAGAAAUGUAAUAAAGUCAGCACUGAUAUGAAAACUGAGCAGAAAAAGGAUGAUGCUAAAGAAAGUCCUAUAAAAGGUGAAGAGAAAGAAAAACUUGGAAAUUGUGUGGCCAAAAGCAGCCCGAGCAGCAAAACGAAGCAGGAGGAAGAGGAGGAUGAAGACUCCAGCAUGUUUGAUGAGCUGAUGGAGCAAGUUUGUAGCAAUGACCCUUCACUCACAGAGCUCAACGUCAACAACUCAGAAGUCAUCAAAGCAAAAACCCUAAUUGCUUUUGCACAAGGUUUGCACAGCAACACCCACAUCAAGACGUUCGCUUUGGCCAACUGCCGCGCUGACGACCACGUGGCCUAUGCCAUCGCCGCCAUGCUGCGUAGCAACAACACCAUCACCAGCGUCAACAUGGACUCCAACCAUCUCACCGGCAAGGGCAUUCUUUCCCUGAUCCAGUCACUGCAGUACAACGCCACACUGACAGAGCUUCGAUUUCAAAACCAGCGUCACAUAUGCGGGGGGAAGACCGAGAUGGAGAUGGUCAAGAUCCUGAAGGACAACACCACACUGCUCAAACUGGGCUACUGCUUUGAGUUAGCAGGGCCCAGGAUGACCACCACCAACAUCCUGAGUCGCAACAUGGACAGACAGAGGCAGAAGCGCCUGCAGGAGCAGAAGCUGGCCCAGGCCAAUGGGGAGAAGAAGGGGAUGCUGGAGGUACCCAAAACAGGAGGUGGAGGGUCUUUGAAGAGCUCACCAAAGUCUUCUCCCAAACCAUCUCCAAUGCCUUCGCCAAUGCCCUCCCCUAAGCUCACUCCCAAAAAACGAGCUGGAGGUCCUGCUCCUCCACCACCUCCACCUCCUCCAGGGGGUGGACCACCACCUCCUCCGCCUCCCAUGCUGGAUGGAGACCGCUCCGUCAGAGGCAAGAACUCAAGGGACCAACUGCUAGCCUCGAUCAGAGGAAGCAACAUUAAACAGCUAAAGAAGGUUCCAGUACCAAAGUGGCUUCAGUGACACUUCCUGAUGGCAAGAAUGAAUUGGACAAAAAGAAAGGGAGAACACACAUCUCACCACAGGUUUUCCAGGAGAUAAAGGUCCUGUAGCCUCCUGGAGAAUGGUGCAUCAGAAAGGAUGGAAAAAUCCUCUAUGAGUUUUCUCCCCUCAAACACUGGACCAAACGGACUCUGUGGAGAACAAGCGAUACAGGGCCACGCAGAGAGUGCCAUGAAAUGUUUUCUCUUCCGUUCAUAUUGAUGCUUCUUUUGCACUACAUAAUAUGAAGCCGCUCAUUGUUACAUGUUGGUGUGUACAGUGGAUAUCACAGGUAUAUACAAUCUUAUCAAAACGGUGUACAAGAAGACGGUGAGAAAUCAUACUAAAGCUGUUUUACUUUUAUUGUGACAGAUCCUUUACGAAUGAUCAGAAAUCAAACAAAUCUGUUGGUUGAAUCAGUUGUGUAUACAAAAAACCUGCAAUAACAGUUUUCUUAUUUGAUGAAAAGACUGUGAAAAUCCCCCCCUUCUGCCUCUGCAAUAUUUGGUCACUCAACCAUGCAUGACUCUCUACUUCCAGCAUCCAUCGUCACAUGAUCACAACUUGUCUGGAGAAACCAUUCUUUGGUUUGGAUCACUUUUCUGUGUCAAAAACAGCUAAAAAGUAUCGGUGAAAACUUUUUUUUGCUUGUUUUUUUAAUCAUCUCCUAAUUGGUACCUUUGGAACAAAUCUGACAGUUUGUAACCUACCCAUCCAUCUUCUUCCACUUAUCUACCAUGGGGCUGGUGUCUGUCUCAGACAGUCUACAGAUGAAUGGAGGGAUACAUCCUGGGCAGGUUGCCAGUCCACAGCAGGGCAGCACACACACCGCAGGAUAAUUUAGAGAUGCAAACCAGUCCUGUUUUUGGACUGUGGUGGGAAGCAGGAGUACCCAGAGAGAACCCACAAAUGCUAGAGGCGAACAUGCAAACUCCAUGCAAAAAGUUUCCAGACCCAAAAGUAAACCCAGAACUGUCUUGCUGUAAUGUACAGUAAUAGGGCUACAAACUGCAUCACAUUGCAGCCCUGUUUUUUUUGCAAAAUAAGUCAUUUGAACAGGGGUUACUUGGAUUCAUAAUAAGUGGUAGAUUUAAUCUUUAAAUGGUUAGUGGUAUUAGCACUGUAAUUGGAUCCAAGUGUGCUUCAGCAGAGACUUAGUUUAAAGGUGUGGACGCUUAUGCAGCCAGGUCAUUGCAGCCUUUAUGAACAGAUUUGUUUGUUAUAUUUUGACUGUUUAGGAUGCAUGUCACAUUAAAGGUGGUGAACAUUUUGACAUAAUUCAUAAUUCAUAAACCUUUGUUUGAUCCACUGUACAUGAAUCGAGUUGAAUUCUCCUGAUGAGCUUAGUUUCAGAUAAUUAUAAUAAAAUUACUACUUAAAGGGAGUGCAUCACUGAUGUUUUUGCCAUGAAUUUGACCCAUUAUUUAUUAGCAGAGGAUCCACAGCUGAAGGUCUGUUAAAACUGAGUGGAAAUAUCAGGGAUUUAACAAACACAGAACCCAGCUUCAGCAAAUCCACGAAAAAAUUAAUUGCGGGAACCAUUUUGUUUGGUAUUUUUUUUUUUUUUUUUUUUUUUUUACAUCUCAAAACAUCUCAGACCUUCCAGGGAAAUCCUGAAACUAAUGAGGGAUUUUUUACAACGGAAUUACUUACAUACUGCCAUUUAUCAGUAAAUGGUCCUACGGUGUCUAACAUAAUCUUGUAAAAAAAUCCUUCCAGCCUUGCUGUUUUAUUACCCUACUUAACUUUCUUUUAAUACUUCAAGUCUUAACUUUUUACUGGUUUAAACGUUUAUCUUAAUAUCGGUCUGAAAGGAACUAGACACUAUGUGGUGAACUAAAUUCAGAGCUAUCAAAGAUACACACACGUCUCUUUUACGCACGCAUCUCUGACAGAGCCUGUAUGCCUUUAUUAACAAGUUCUGGUACGUUUGUGAGUGAUAAAUUCUGUCUGCCUCAUAGAGUAAUUUGCUCAUUGUGUAUGUAAUAAAUAUGAAUGGAUUUGAUAUUGAGUGUUUGAUACAUUUCACAUGUUUUUCAGUCUGCAUGAAUCCAAACAUUACAACGCCUUGGAAAAGUUCAUAUUCCAUGGACAUCUUCACAUAAUGUCAUUUCACGGACUUUGAUGUUACGUAAUAUGUUUUUAUGACUUACCAACUUACCAAAGUA